AGAUAGAGAACUUCCGGCUUCGACUCGCUUUUGUGUUAUGUGGGCAGAAGGAUUUUUCGAGGACACCUAUGACCAACCCUUCUUUGGAACAUACCUAAUUGCAAUGCGCAAACUCCUAGUAUAUGCCUAUACGGUUCUAGAAACAAAUCUACAGCCGGUAGAGGACAGGGAGAUCUAUCGAUUGGUUUUUGAACGAUUUGGGAAAGAGCUCCAGUAUAUGAGAAACUCGAUCGGCUCCCUUGGGCAAACGAAAUUGCAGUGUCCACAUCAACCCUCCCGUCCUAUAAUCACUGAAGAUCCCUUCACUUACAAAUUGUAUUAUGACCGUCAAGAAGGUGAUCACCCUAGGUAUUUCAAGAAACCCUAUCUUCAAAAGUCCCCCUCCGUUGCACCUUAG